AUGGAUAUGAUCAAGUACAUUUUUGAAAAGCCUGCUCUCACAGGAAGAGUUGUCUGUUGGCAGAUGGCACUAACAAAAUAUGACAUCCAACAUGUCACACAGAAAGCCAUCAAAGGUAGUGUUUUGUCUGAUUAUCUAGCCCAUCAUCCCAUGGAGGAUUGUCAACCUAUGCAUUUCUACUUCCCUAAUGAAGAAAUUAUGUUCAUUAGAGAUUGCAUCAUUCCAGGACAUGAGGAAGGACCUGAACCAGGAUCGCGAUGGACGAUUGUGUUCGACGGUGCUUCCAAUGCCCAAGGAAAUGGAAUUGGGGCAAUCAUCACUUUUCUAACUGGUUUUCAUUUAUCUUUCACUGCAAGGUUGCGCUUAGAUUGCACUAACAAUAUGGAAGAGUAUGAAGCAUGCAUCUUUGGGAUACAUGAAGCCAUUGGUUUAGGGAUCAUGAUCCUUGAAGUUUAUGGAGAUUCAACCUUCGUAAUCAGCCAAGUUAUAGGAGAUUGGGAAGUUCGAGAUGACAAGUUGAUCCUGUACAAGGAGCAUGUCUUGAAACUAAUCCCAUACUUUGAUGAUAUUACAUUUCACCAUAUUCCUCGAGGGGAGAACCAAUUGGAAUAUGCCUUAGCCACUAUGGCAUCCAUGUUUAAGAUUAAGUGGAAGAAUGAAGCACCAUUUAUCCGCAUUGACCACUUGGAUGAACCAACAUACUAUUUAGCAACCGAAGAAAAAUAUGAUAGUCAUAUGUAUUUUUAUGAUAACAAGAGGUAUCUGGAGAAGUAA